AUGUCCGCAAGAAUGCCGCAAAUGCGAACUGCUGCUCUGGUUUGUCGUCUUCUAGCAGAGAUUUUAUUUCUCUUGCCGCGUGAAAGAACUCUCUCAGUAGAAGCCGCAGAUGCAGAUCUACAAGAACUUCCCCCUACUUCAACAUCCGCCUGCGCCUGCGACCUCGCGUGGGUCUUGGAGCACCGGACCACACCCCCGCCCUACAACGACAAGAAAUUUCCCCCCGACCCACCCGACACCUCGGUCGACCCGGAGGCCCCCCUACUCUGCGACCGCUACAUCGAGAUGGACCCCCUGGGCUUGUCCGCAAUGUACCCGAUGCAGAUGAUUGAUGCGGCAAAUACUGCGAAGUGCCCGGCGGAUCUUGCGUUCUUCCUGGCCGACUGCGUGGUCGCCGAGAACUAUCCCACAGAAAAAAGCUGGCCGGGCAUAUUUGUAAUGCAAAGAUAAAUACACUGAAAAAUCUGUCAUGGGCGGCCUCAUAGCAUGCUGUUUAGGAUACGCAAUACAGAUUUUCUUGUGUAUUUAUUUUUGCAUUACUGCCGGCAGCCGGCUUUUUUCUGUGGAAUAAGAACCACCGGCUGCACAACAUUUUGCUCGACGCGGCGGUGGAGCAACUGGCCGCGGCGGGGGUGCAGUGCUACGAAAUGAGUCGGUAUGAGCGAUUGAUUCCCGCGAGGGAGAUUCUGCUGAAUUACGAGGCGAACAUCGAAUUCAUGGCGCACCGGGACAGCAUCUACGACUUUCCGUUGUACGGCAGGUGGAUCCGGUUGGGGGAUUUGAAAAGCGCCGUAGUGGACCAGGUGGUGCAGCAGGAACUGGGGAAUUAUAACGGGAAGGACGUCGUCGAGAACUCGUUGAAGAUGCAGGACACCAAAUUAUCGGACACCAAAGUAUCCGCAGAACAAGAGGACACAUCAAACGUAGAUACAGACACCUACUAUGUCGAUCAGAGACCAAACGAAUUUGCGAAGAGGUUACUGCUUCUUGCCGCAGGUGGUGGUCCUGCUCUUGGAGAUGAUGGUGAAAUGAACACCAGCGCAGGAGGAACAUCUUCCAUCGCAGCCUCCACCUUGCUGUCCGAUUUCCGGUUUGCCUUCGGCGGCCUCGCGAGGAGCACGGCACUCGAGCUGGAUAGAAGGGCGGGAACUGUCCACUGGCGCGUCUGCCCGGUUGUGGAGCCCCGGCAUAACAGGUUGAGCCUUUAUGAGAUCGAUGUUCGCAACAGCGCAGGUGGAACAACUGGAACAAGAGCCGCAGUUUUAUUACAGGACGGAGAGCACCAGCAGGAGGCGCGACAAGAAGUACUAGUGGACCACGACGUCGAUCAACAGCAAACGCGUUCGCCUCCUCUCAUCUGCGCCGUCCCGUUGGUUUGGCCGGCCCAGGCGGAAACCAGGCGGAAGAUUUUGCAAACCUGGGGCAGUUUCAAGCGGGACCAGGGCGGGUGCGAUCGGUUGCUGUUUUUCGUGGCGAUCCCGGAUGAAGAGUACACUGUCUGGUGGAAAGAUCUGGACGAACUGCGGCAGACCUACGACAAAAAAUUCACGGAACUAGAGAUUUUAGAAACGGAGCAGCGGAAGCACUUGCAUGGAAGGGGAGAUGUUGAGGACAGCGAAAAUAGUACCAAAGACCCGCUCAGCUACACCGUGAAGACGUUUAUAGACGGGGAAGCAGUCGAAGAAGAAGCAGACGGCACUUCUUCUACAGGCGAACCCGCGACAUCGGUAUCAAGCAGAAAGUUUGUUGAGAAUAAUACUAACCCGAUUCACAACGACAAGAACGGAAGCGACGGUUUUUUCGACUUCAUUUGGGACAGUAAGCACGCGCACUGGAAGCGCAGGUACUAUCUCCCGCCCGACGUGAUUGAUUUGCGGCGAUUUUUCCCGAGUGAUCUGCCGCCGGACCAGAGCAACCUGCACUACGAUUCCAAAACGAAGCACCAGGUCGUGGGCACUAAAAAGGCUGUUGAGCAGGCGGCGGAAGCGGCAGGCGGAACUAGUGCGGGGGCUGCGGCAAGUGGGGAGGCUGGUGUAGCAGGUGAAGCAGAAGAGAUGAACGUCGGAACAACAUCAGCGAGAAAAGCUGCAUUAAGCGAGAAUCUUCGAGGAGAUGACCAAACGUCAACCGGCGGUGGGACCACACCACCGGAUCCAGACGCUAGAAAUUCCUCGCCAGUUCUUGCAAAGAAGCAGGCAAAAGUGUACAAUACCCAGGCGAAAAUGUUCCUGAUGUACGCGUAUUUGGCGAAGUUUUUUCCCCAGGAUUCCUGGGUCUGCCGCCUGGACCGCGACGCGUAUUUCCUUCCGCAGCAUUUCCGGAAGAUGGUGAAGUUCAUGGACGCGCGGGAGCCGCACUUCCUGGGCCACACACUGUACCACGCCAGCCGCGACGGGCAGCGGCCGUUCAACGACGGGGGACCGGCGACCUGCUUUUCCAACACGGUGUUAAGGCGGCUGAGCCUGUACUUGAAAGAGCUGCGGACGUCGCGGUGGUGGGCCCAGGACCGGUUUCCGGCGGACCAGAACGGGUUGCAGCCGGGGAGCAACGACCUGUGCAAGGCGUUUUUCGCGGGACACCAGGAUGACCGGUUGCUGGGCGCCUGCCUGGGCGAGCUGAAAAUCCGGCCCGACAAGACAAACGUGGUGGACAAGUUCGGGCGCGACAAAUUUGUCAUUUCCAACCGGCCCUUCCUGUACGAGACGCGGUUGGCGCUCCACCCCGUGAAAACCUUCCUGGAAGGGGCGCGGGCGCUGAAGCGCGAGCCCUCCGGCGUGGACAAAGUGUGGCGGCUGUCGUUUGGGUGGUUGAGUAACGCAGAGCGGGAGACGCUGCUGCAACGGCACAAUUGGCACUACGUCAAGGGGCGGCUGCACCACCACUUGCACUGCAGUGCGCUGAAUUUACUUGAAGGACGACGAGGAGGAGAACAUCGACCGGAAGCAAUAAAAUCUUCGGAAGGGAGUGAAGCGGAGGAAUUUUUUCAGCAGAACAAUAUCAAACACGACCCGGAUGAUCAGGAUGUUGGGACGAUAGAAACACGAAAUGCGACGAUGCCAGCGAGUACUACAACAGCAUCUAGAAGACCUCCGCCCGCACCGCACGAAUCGUAUCCCCUUGAAACCGACCCGAAUCACCCCAGAAACAAAGCGCCGAUGACGGAGCACAUGUUCUUGCGACACCUGCCGGACGUUCGAGUCAACACUCGCGGGUUCCCUGCGCUCGCUUUCUCGGAAUUUCCGGUAGCGAUCAACUCGUUCCGAAACCUGUCUGCGCUGUGGUGCAUGCACCAGGAAGCGAAGAGGGGAUUCGUGGUCGGCCCAACUUGCCAUUUGCACACCCCGCCGGAGCUGUGAGAUGAAAGGGAUUUUCUUUCGAUUGUUCUUCCUCGUCCUCGCUUCUGAAGUUGCUCGGACGUACAGUUAGUGUAGUCGUCGUGUUGAUAUCAAAUCAGUCUCAAAGCUGACGGAGCUGAAUGCAGAAAUGCCC